AUGGGCACAGGGUUUAUACUAGCCAAAGCCAAUAUUUUAACUGCAGAGGCAACAAAAAUUAUUUCACAGAUUGUUCUUAUUGUUUUAUUACCAUGUUUAUCCUUUAAUAAAAUCGUAGCUAACAUAGAAGACAAAGACAUUAAAGAUGUAGGUAUUAUAUGUCUAUCAUCUAUCCUAAUCUUUGGCACUGGCUUAUUUUUUGCUUGGGUUGUUCGUUGUUUAUUACCCGUCCCCAAAAAAUGGUAUGGUGGGAUUCUAGCAGGAGGUAUGUUCCCCAAUAUUAGUGAUUUACCAAUUGCUUAUCUACAAACUAUGGACACUGGGUUAAUUUUUACAGAAGCAGAGGGUGAGAAAGGUGUUGCUUGUGUUAUUAUUUUUAUGGCAAUGUGGAUGAUUUGUGUAUUUAAUCUUGGUGGCUUUUUAUUAAUUGAAAUGGAUUUCAACUACAAAGAUGAAGAAAGUGCAGAUUAUUCUGACGUAGAAAAUAGUUCAUCAAAGGAAAUAGCCAAUGAUGAUUCCAGUAGUAAAAAUUCAAGUUCAAGCAAGAUCAAUGAUACUACCACUAAUCUUCAUAACGCAAAAGAAGAUAGCUCAAACUCUUCUUCUUUGCCAAUACCUACUCCUGACGUAGAGUCAUUGGAGUCAACGAUAAGUUCUAUAGAUUCAAGUACUCCAAAUUUAAAACCAAAUGACAAUAUUCCUGAUACCAAAAACAACAAAGUUACACAACCAGCUGAAAAAUUAAUACAAGGCAGUAAUAAAAAUACCAAAAAUGCAAAUAAAAGAUCAAAAGAUCCUGUACAGUACACUUCGAAAGAUAAUAAUACUAAUGCUAUUAUGCGUCGUAGAUCAUUGUCUACUCUGUCACACACAUCUUCUGUUACUCCAUCGUCUACGAAGAUACCUAAUCCCACAGGUAUGGACGCAUUAAUUAGACAUUAUUCAAGAGUUGACCAAUUUGGAAAUGAUUUAGAUGAAGAUGGCAACAAUGUGUCCAAUUUGGACCCAAAUGAUGGCGAUGCAACCGAUAACAAUAACACAAAAUCAUCAGAUUCAGUAGCAUCUAACAAACUACAGAAAGUUAUGUCCUCCCAUUUAGCCAGAAUGGUUACACAAGAUGCAGCUGUCAGAAAAAAAGAUAUAGAAGCUUCGGGGAAGUCCAAGAUUAUACCUAAUUUUAUGAAAAAUUUUAAAAUUUUAAACUUUUUUCUUUUUUUUUUGAAAAAUUGUCUACGUCCAUGUAGUAUAGCAGUUAUACUUGCAUUAAUAAUUUGUUUUAUUCCUUGGGUCAAGGCCUUAUUUGUUACAGCGGCCGAUGCUCCUCGUAUUCGUCAAGCUCCUGAUGAAGAACCAGCAUUAAACUUUUUUAUGGAUUUUACCAGUUAUGUAGGCGCGGCUUCAGUUCCAUUUGGGUUAUUAUUAUUGGGUGGUACGCUAGGUAGCUUAGAAAUCAAAGACUUGUAUCCAGGGUUUUGGAAAUCUGCGGUGGUUUUAGUUUUUCUAAGACAAUGUAUAAUGCCAAUUUUUGGUGUAUUAUGGUGUGAAAGAUUGAUUAAAGCAGGCUGGUUGAAUAUCAUUGAUGAUAAAAUGCUAUUAUUUGUCAUUGUCAUUGAUUGGGCUUUACCUUCAAUGACUACUAUUAUUUAUUUUACUGCAAGCUAUACACCAUUAAAUGCAACCGAUACAACUCAAAUGGAUUGUGUUUCAUUUUUCUUGUUAUUACAAUAUCCAUUGCUAGUUGUUAGUUUACCAUUUUUGGUUACUUAUUAUAUAAAGGUACAAUUAAAACUAUAG